CGAGGCGCGGGCUGGCGGCGGCGGCGGAGGGGAAUUAAAAUGGAAGAUGAGGAGGUCGCCGAGAGCUGGGAGGAGGCGGUGGGGUGCGGGGAAAUAGACAGACGGUUGGAGAAGAAGCUGAAGAUCACGCAGAAGGAAAGUAGAAAGUCAAAAUCUCCUCCUAAAGUGCCGAUCGUGAUUCAGGACGACAGCCUUCCCGCGGGUCCUCCCCCGCAGAUCCGCAUCUUGAAGAGGCCGACGACCAACGGCGUCCUCAGCAAUCCCAACUCCGCCAGCAGACCGGCCUUCCCCGUGAAAUCCCUGGCGCAGAGGGAAGCAGAAUACGCUGAAGCCAGGAAACGAAUAUUGGGCAGCGCGAGCCCUGAAGAAGAGCAGGAAAAGCCUGUUCUAGAUAGGCCGCCGAGGAUCUCUCAACCAGAAGACACCAGACAGCCCAAUAAUGUGAUCAGACAACCCCUGGGUCCCGAUGGCUCACAAGGCUUCAAACAACGCAGAUAAAUGCGGGCGAGAGAUGCUGCUGCGGAAGGCAGGGUCCGCCGCCACGGGUCGCACUGCCGUGACGGACAAACGGACUUGAGCAAAGGGAACUACCUGGUUUAUUUGCACUGUGAUCCCCUUUGCUCUGCCCACUGUGACCUUCAACCCCACGCACUGUGACCUCCCCUCUCCACCCACUGUGACCGGCAAACCGAGAAGGGCUGUCCCCAAGUCACUGUCAAAGGAAAGGGGACAACGAGGGAGGGGAAGGGUGUAAAGGACUCGGAUGGGUGCAGGGAGUCGUGUGUGUGCCACUUGGGUUGAAGCUAGCGCCAGCAAUAACGUUUGUUGUACUCAUAACCUGGCAUUUAAGGAAAAAAAAAAAAUGGGAAGCCUCCCCAGACACGCAUGUUGUCCUCAUCACUUUAAGAGCAAGUUCUGUUUCAAAGGAUCUCUUUUAUUUUAUUUUUUUCUUGUUUGUUUUCUGUAUAUCAGCUCAACGGAGUGCAUGGGAAGGGUUUUAACUGUUUGUUUUAAUUGAGAGAGGUAGUUACGUGUUUGAAAAGGAGUUUCAAUGAAUUUCUGCGACUUUAAUGGCUCGGGUUUGGCAAACUCUUGUUUCUUGUUCUCUAUUUCUACCACUGCCAAGCAUGUGGAAGCGGACUCCCUCAUACCUGGCCUUUCUGAUCGCCUUGGGAGCCGGCGGAGUCCGAUGAUCUCGUUUACGUUUUGCACCUGUUAAAGCUUGGCUAGUAUUUUCUGCUGGCUUGGAGGAAAAGCUUAAAAUACAUCUUUUUUUUUGUUUUCUUUUUUUUUUGUUUUUGUAUUUGGGGAGAAGGGAAUGUAGACCGAUCCCGUGAAAAUGCUUGCUGCCUGCCUGCUGUUUGCGGCAGAGAGCGCCAGGCGGCGAAGAACCAGGGCUCCGUCGCCAGGAGGAGAACAGCCGGCGCCGCUCCACUCUGUGAAAUAAAUAGGUGGCGAGGAGCCCUGCUCCGUGAGGUCUGUGCUCGUCAGGAGGCUGGCGUAACGAUGGGGAGUGCGGGGUGUCCCGAGGGUCCGAACCCGAGCAGCGGCUUAACCAUGGAGUGAAGGCUCCAGUCGAUCUCUUGGUCACGGUACAAGCUGCGUUUGCCUCUGGAAAUCAGAGAUGUCGGGAACAAAAACGGCGAUGGAUAAAGUCUGGAUGAUUCCCCCUGUCUUCCUGGUGGCAGCUGGCUCUGCAUGAGGCUUCAGGGAAGAGAUUUUCCACCUCUGGCUCCCAGGAAGAGGACAGGGAGAGGCUGGUGAUCCGCAAGAAUGCGGAUGUUUCCCCUCUGCACGAAGCUGACCUACCUUAAUAUCACUUGAUAUCAAGGGAUUAGAUGAACACUAAAUGCUCUUCUUGGAGGGGAUGGUACCUAGAAAACCAUUUCUGGUUCUCAGCGGAUUAUUCUGUACGGGUGCAGCCUUCCCUGCCACUUCGUGCUCAGUAGGUUCAAGGGUAAACGAGCAAAUCUUGACGUCUUCUAUGCGAAGGGAAGUGACCGUACAAAAAGACGUGUAUGGAAAUAAGGCUUAAAAAAACAAAACCGGUAAAAUAAACCUACCUGUGUUUAAAAAGAAUCUGCUAGAGCGUUAAUUAGCUGAUUAAAGCACCAAGGACGGUGGCGAGGUGGCGAGCAUUGUCCCUGGGCAUGCCCAACUGCUGGAGCUAUUUUUUGGGGGGAUGUCUUAUAUUUUAUUACCCCCCCACACUGGUGGUCAGGAUGAGUCCCUGGGGGAGAGUGGGAGGGGAGAAGGACGUCAGCAAUAACUGUAGUCACCGCGCCUUUCCUUAAUUAUUA